UUGUGUCUGCAAGUGGAGCGUCGCGCCCAAAUCAGGUUAUAAACAUGAGCUGGGCGGUGGAGGAGUGGAAGGAUGGACUUCCAGGGAAAGCCCUGCAGAAAAUCCAGGAGAUGGAAGUCCAGCUGGAUAAACUGAAGAAGGAAAGGAGCCAGAAACAGUUUCAGCUUGACUCCUUAGAGGCUGCCCUGCAAAAGCAGAAACAAAAGGUGGACAGUGAACGUACAGAGACCUCUUCUUUGAAAAGAGAGAACCAGUGUUUAGUAGAGUCAUGUGACUCUCUGGAGAAAAACCGUCAGAAGGUCGUUCAUGACCUCGGAGUCAAAGAGCAACAGGUGAGCUAUCUGGAGGGUCAGCUUAACACCUGCAGGAAGACCAUAGAAAGACUGGAGCAGGAGCUCAAGAAGUACAGAAAUGAAUUGGAUCGUUCUCAGCCAGCUGGCUCUUGCUCCUUGUCAUCCUCCUCCUCUGAGAUUCAGCCUUACACCACUCCACAGAAAAGUUUCUCUACCCCAGCUCCUGUUCCAGCCUACAGACAACAGGAUAAUAGACUAGAGGAGCUUCAGGAGAAGUACAGCCAGGAGGUAGAGGAAAGGAAAAAGCUGGAGACUGAACUCAAAGUCUUGCAGGUUAAACUGUUGAAUCAGUCAUCAGUCAGUGUAAGCCACAAGGACAUUGCUGCCCGCCAAGCUGGAUCUUCCAUAUUCCCAUGGCAACAACAAGAUCAGGCCCACAGCCGCCAGUCUCAGGAUGCAAUGGAAACCCCUCUGAAGAGGCGAGGGGCAUCCCUGUGGGACGCCCAUGAGGAGACACCUAUCAAACCCAACCAGAGAAUGAGCUCCUCCAGAGCAGCACAGAGUCCCAGUGGAUCCUAUCAACAGAUGGAGCAGCUGAAGACUCUCAACCAAGAACUGCGUGGCCGUGUGUCAGAGCUGGAGAGAAAUCUGUCCAAUCAGGAGAGGGAAAUUCGUAGCCAGGCCGUCAAGCUGCAGGAACUGCACACCCAACUUAACCAGGCCCGCAAAGACUUGACUGAACGGGACAGAGACAUCGCCAAGACUAGCCAUGAGCUGAGUCAGGUUACAGACAGACACCAGCAGGCCGAGGCCAAGUGUUCCUCAAUUGAGCAGAAGCUGAAACAAGUCACAGAGGAGAUGAACUGUCAGAGGCACAAUGCUGAAAGCUGCAAACGAACCCUGGAGCAGAAACUCAAAGACCAAGAGAGAGACAGUCAGAAGGAGCUGGCCCAGCUGCAGAGUUCCCACAAUGCUUUGGAUCAGCAGCUGAACCAGACCAGAACCAAGCUAACACAAGAGGUCCAACAGUCCAAAAAAGACUACAAUGUACUGCAGGCUGACAUGGAGAAGAUGGGUUUCCAGAGGAGAGGGAUGGAGAAGGAGGUGGAGGAGCAGAAACAGAAACUGCUGAGGUCAGAGCAGAGCCUCCAGGCCAGCCAGACCAAAGAGCAGGACCUCCGCAAGAAAAUGGAGGAGCUGCAGAAAGAGAAGAACAGUGUGACUGUCCAAUUGGAUCAAAGCAGCAGACGUUUGUCUCAGCUAGAGGAAGAGAAGAAGAGUGCAGACCAGAGCCUCAAACGCACACAGGGGCAACUAGAUGACCUCAAAGCAAAAUCAGAGGGACAGUUAGAAGAGCUGAAGAAACUUCAGUUGAAACUGGAGCAGCAGACUCAGGCUUCAGCCCGAGAGCUGGACAACUUGAGGAAAACACUUUCUGAUGCAGAAACCAAAAAUGACAGAUCUCAGAAUGAACUACAGAGACAGAAACAGGAGACAGAGAGGGUGACCAACAGGUUGAUGGACCUAGAGAAGGAGAGCCAAGAGCUGAAAUCCAAUCUCACUGCGAGUCAGAGUGAGUGUAAGGAACUGAAACAAGAACAUCAAGCUUUGCUGGAGUGGAAGAAAGAGAAGGAGACCAUGAUUAAUGAAACUGAAGCUGUGCAAAAGGAGCUCAGGGACAAAAUUAACAACUUGGAGAACAGUCUCAGCUCCCUGAAUGAGACUAAUGAUGAACUUAAGAAGCAGCUCAUGAGUGUGGAGGCAAACAAGGCAAGUCUGUCCGCUCACAUCGAUUCCUUGAAGGGAGAACUCCUCAACAAAAGCACCGAGUUGGAGGAGAGAGAACACCAGUACAAGGAGCUCCAGUCUCAACUCUCUGAGGCUGGACAGAAGCACACCAAAGACCUGGAGAAUGUUGGUGUGCAAGUGGCACAGCUCGAAGCUCAGGUCAAGAAUCUGGAGUUGCAGCUGCAAAAGGAAAUAACUCGAGCAGAGGAAGCUGAGAAGACAAACACUCAGCUGCUGGACGAGCACCAGGCAGCCUGUGACCUGGUCCGCUCCAAAGACCAGCUGGUGGAGCUGGGCCAGGCUGAAAUCAGCCAGCUGAGAGAGAGCCUCUCACAGACCACUGCUCAGCAGGAGGAGCAAAAUGCCAGGUUGGCGGAAGAGAAGGCAACCUUGCUAAAGCAAUGUGAGGAGAGUGUUUCAGUGAAGAUUGAAGAGACAGAGCAGAUCAAGCUGCGGUUUGAGGAGUCUCAGCAAGAUCUGCUGUUCACCAAAACUCAGGUCAGUUCCAUGCAGCAGUUCCUGAAGGUCCAGGAGCAACUGGGAGCUGAGUUGCAGAAAGAAAUUAAGAUACUAUCAGACAAUCAAGAGGAACACAAAAAGAUAUAUGAGAAAAAAUCAGAAGAGCUCAAACUGUUAGAGGGGGAGCUGAAGGACCAACAGGGUCAGACAGAAGAGAAGGAGAAGCAGCUCGGAGAGGCUGAAGCUCAGAUUUUGUCUCUUGAGAAACAAAAGGCUGAGCUGGAAAAUGUAAUGCAACAGAUGAAGAAAGAAACAGAGACCAUCCAGCAUGUUGAGACCGAGAAGAUCAACCAUCUUCUGGAGCAGAUAUCUUCCUUAGAAGAAAUGGUGGCUUCAAACAAUGAUGCAGCGGAGAAGCUUCCGGUUUUGAAGAAUGAACUGGAUGUGGUCAACCAAUCGCACACUGACCUUAAAAAGUCUCUAGAAGCUCUUGAGAAGAGUCACUCCUCUACUAUUCAAAUCAAGUCCAACCUGGAGAACACCCUGACAGAGAAAAGUAACCUGGUCUCUGCUUUGGAGAAAGAGGUCAAAGAGCUCACAGACAAGAUGAGUAAAGAGUUGGAGAGUCACGCUUCAGAGAUUGAGAAUUUCCUCAACAAAGAGAAGAACCUUAAAGAGCAGCUCCAAGCCACUAAGCAGUCAGUAACUGCUGCCAAAGCUGAAUUGAGUUCUCGUCGAGAGGAGAUCAGGACCAUGAAGACAACUCUGUCUGCUGCUUCACACGGGUUGGAAGAGAGAGACAACACAAUAAAGAGUCUGAAGGAGAAGCUAAAUAAAGCGGAGGCAGAGCAGGCCAAAACCUCUGAUCUCCUGAAGGAGAAGAUGGCCGCCAUGAACAAAAUCAAGGUGCAGCUGGAGAUGCUGCAAAUGGACUUGGAAGACAACGAGACAGCCAUGAACACUUUUGACAGUCAAGUGGAGGAGCUGAAGGGAACUAUAGAGUCACUGGAGGCCCAGCUCGCUCAGAAUGAGACCCAGAUGUCUGACAUGGAGGCCAGGCUGGAGGACAGCAAAGCGCAGGUCUCUGUCUUGGAAUCCCGCUUAGAGGAGGUCCAAUCCCAGAACUCUGUGCUGGAGACACAAUAUGUCACAGCUAAGGAGGAGUUAUUCGACAGAAGCUGUGAAAUAACUCGUCUGGAAGAGGACGCUGUGAAAGGAAAACAGCUUGAGGAGAGUGUUGCCGCAUUAGAGUCUAAACUCUGUCAGAUCACAGAGGAAAACAUCAAGUUAGAGACAGCGCUCAGGCAGAUAACUGAAGACAAAGAUAAUGAUCUCAACCAGUUUCUCCAGGAGAAAAACAUCUUUGAGACUACUUUGAAACAAUUAACAGACAACAAAGAGCAAGUAGAAAAUGAAAUCAUUCAAGUAAAGGAACAGCUAGAGGCUUUAGAGAAGCUAUCCGAGGAGAACAAACAACUACAGACCACAGUUGAGCAGUUAACUGAAGAAAAGCUCCAAACAGAUACAAAGAUUGAUCAAAUGACUGCUGAGAAACUUGACGCUGAAUCAACCGUUAGACACGUCACUGCGGAGAAAGCCCAGCUAGAUGUUACCCUCAAUCUGAUAAAUGAGGAGAAAAUACAACUUGAGGCUAAAAUUAGUGAACUAACAUCUGAGAAAAAUGAUUUGGUUACCAACUUGAAUCAAGUAGUUGAGGAAAAGCUUCAGCUGGAAAUUAACUAUAGUCAACUGACUGAAGAGAUCAUCGAACUACAGUCUAGUGUGAAUCAAGUAACCGAAGAGAAGCUGCAGUUACAAGAAAGCACUGAGAGGCAUGAAAAUGAGGUGGCGUCACUUAAAGGGGAGAAGGAGAGCAUCCAGCGCUUGCUCCAGGCCUCGGAGCAGGAGCACCAGAGGACUGAGGAGGAGAACAGAGAGAGGAGCCACCAGUUUGAGGCAGAGCAGGCCCAACUGCAUCAAAAGCUGGCGAGCUUACAGAAGGAGCUGACUGUGUUCAGGCAGCAGUACGAGUCACUGUUGGAGCAGGUGGGCGAGCAACAAAGCACCAUACAACAGCUGUCAGAAUCACAGAGAACCGAGGGACCAGGAGAAGAAAUCAGCCACAUGGAGUCUGAGGAGACAGACAUUGGUGUUUCCCCAGUCGAAGCAGAAGGACAGAUUGAUGUGGAGCUAACACAUGAUUCAAGUACAAAUACUGAGUCCCUUCGAGUUAAGCAGCAGCUGAGCCCUGUAGUGUCUGAACUGGGUGAACUUUCACACCAGUCUGACGAGGCUUUCAGUGAGACAGAGCCGGUCUUCAAGGAGGAAGUCAUUGAUCGAGAAGUGAUCCAAGAACAUGUGGAGGAGGAGAGGCAGGCAUGUGUGGUUGAUGUAGAGGAAAUGAGAAGUAAUGAGGAGGAGCAACUACACCACCAAGAGCAACCCUCAGAUCAGGUUCCUGAAGACAGCAGUCGUCCCAGAGAUGUUCUUGAAAAUGACCCUGAAGUCUGUGAAAUGUCUCGACCCAUGUCCUCCUUGAGUGAGACCAAAGAAUUAAAAUCCCCUGCGAGAGACUUAUCCAAGGGACAAGAUGACCUCACCCACUACAAAGAAAUGAUCACAAAACAAGAAAAUGAGCUCCAGACCCUGCGCUUAGAGUUUGACCGUCUGAACUCUGAACUGGCACUGAGAAAGGAGCUGACAUCUGAACUGGAAGUCCAAGUUACAAACUUGGAAAAGAAAGUUCAUGCAGCAGAGGAGGAGGCACGUAGUGCAGCACAUAAACUGAACAUUACUCUGGAGGAGAAGACGGACCUUGCUGACCAGUUGGUGCGGCUGUCAGAGGAGAGGGAGACGUUAACUCUACAGCUACAAACAGCUAAAUGUCAGCUGGCUGAUGUUAUAGAGAUGCUGGAAGGACUGGAGAUGGCCAAAGGUGGAUGCGACGAGAAGUUCCUUCAGCAGGAGAGUGAGUUGAAGAGGGUUCGCUCUGAGAAAGCUAACCUGGAGCAGCACAUCCUGGGCAUGGAGUCUGAGCUGGAGACCAUGCAGGAGGAGAGGACCAGACUGCAGGAUGAGAUGGAGACUAAGAGGAGGACUUGUUCAGGCAUGGAGCAGCAGAUAGAAACACUCAUGACAGAGACAAGCCAGCUGAGGUCUGAGCUUGUGUCCUGCACUGAGGAGCGAGAUGAGCUGAGCCAGUCUUUGGGGCUCUGGAGAGAGAAAGUUCACAGUCUGGAGAAAACGAACUGUGACACCAGGAACCUAAUUUCCAUCCUGGAGGAUGACAUCAGAGCAGGGAGGAAGGAGUAUGAAGCCCUGCAAGGCAACAUGGAGAAACUGAAGACAGAGAGGCAACAGCUGUGGGAGCAGAUUAACGUGCAGGAGCAGGCAAUCUCUCAACAGAGUGGAGAAAGAGAGGAGCUUAUUGGCCAUCUCAACCAGAUCAAAGAAGACCACAGCUCUGUCAAUCAAAACACUGAGUCCAUGGUCAGCAAGAUACAGGCUUUAGAGGGAGAAGUGAACCGUCUUUCACAGUCUCUAGAGUCCUCUCUACUGGAAAAAGGAGAGAUUGCCUCUCGUCUGAACGCCACACAAGAUGAGGUCCAACAGAUGAGGACUGGUAUUGAAAAGCUUCAGGUCCGCAUUGAGUCAGAUGAACGAAAGAAAAAGAAGAUGGGAGAGCUGCUGAAAGCUGCCCAGAGAAAGUCAGACUUGCUGCAAGAUCGCAUUGAUGCCCUGGAGCGAGAGAAGGAAGAUGUAGAGCAAAGUCUAGAGGAAGCUUUUCUACAGGCUGAGACAGCCAAAGCUGAGCUGGAGGAGGAGAGGAGAAAGGUGGAGGAGGAAAAGGCAAAGCUCAGUGAGAAACUAUUGGAGCUCUCUGCCAUGCUGGAAAGCCUGAGAUCUGAGAAACAACACAUGGAGAGAGAGUUGGAAACAAAACACAGAGAGAUAGAGGAACUGAAGGCUGCUAAAGAAGAGCUGGAGAGAGGAUUGGAGAAGGCCGAGGUAGAUAGGAGAGAGGAAGAGGAGAGACACAAAUACAGGGUAGAAGAGCUUGAGAAAGGGCUGAGAGAGGAAGCAGAGAGACAAAUUAGAGAAGUUGAUGGCCUCCAGGAGCAGCUGGAAGCCUCUCGUCAGAGGGAGAUCUCACUUGAACAAAAGAGCGCAGAAACAGAAGGGGAGAAAGACAGGGUGCAGUCUCUGCUGGUAGAGUUGGAGAAAGAGAAACAGUGUCUGCAGAGUUCUCUGGAGGAGUGGCAGACAGAGGGAGACAGGCUCCGCUCUCAGGGAGACGAGUGGGAGAAGGAGAGAAACAACCUGAGGGCCCGUAUUGAGGCUUUAGAGGGCGAAAUUAAGGAGCUUAAAACACUCAUAAAAGCUAAAGAGGAAGAGAAAGACGUUUUAGAAAAGGAGUGGGAGGAAGAAGCAAAUCAGAGACAAGCCUCAGUGAAAUCCUUCUCAUCUCUUAUGGCAGAGAAAGAACAGAUAGAAGGAGAAAAUGGACGAAUGGUAGAGGAAAAAGAGACACUGCAGUCCACCUUACUGUCAGUGGAACAAGAGAGAAAUGAGCUGCGCUGCACUCUUGCUUCUGUAAAAGAAGAGAAGGAAAGACUAGAGCAAGAGAGGGAGGUGGUUGCUAAUGAGAAAGAGAAGCUUCAAACUAGACUUUCUUUGAUAGAAGAGGAGAAACAUGACAUGCAACAAACUCUUUCUUCACUCAAGCAAGAGAAGGAAAGAAUAGAGGAGGAGAAACAGAAGUUAGAGGUUGAAAAACAGGAAUUGCAGUCUUCUCUUUCUUUGAUUGAAUCAGAGAAAGAGAACCUGUGCUCAGCUCUGUCUGUACUGGAAAAAGAGAAGCAAAGAGCAGAAGAAGAGAAAGAGAAACUCUCAGAGAGCCUCCAGUCUACUGUUGCCUCUAUGGAGAAAGACCUGGAAACACACAAAUUGUCCGUCGCACAAUUCAAUGAGCAGGUGUCAGAUCUAACAUCUCGUGCCGCUCGUCUGUCCAAAGAGAGAGACUCUGCUCUCAGCAAGAUGAAUCUUUGGAUGAAAACCUGCAAACAGCUGGAGCAAGAGAAGCAAAUGAUGUUAAACAGCUCAGGAAACAAAAAGAGCACUGAGGAGGAAAAAACCAAGGAGAUGAAAGAACUUAAGGCUGCUCUCGAUGAAAGGAAGAGUGAAUUAGAAGAAAAAGAUAAAGAGCUGGAGGAGAUGAAGAGUGAGUUGGAAGAAGUGAACAAACUUCUGGAGGAGAAGAGCACAGAGGCUGAUGAGAGCAUGGAUAAAUACUGCAGUCUGAUGGUUGAAGUUCACAAACUGGAAGAGGCGAACAAUGCACUGACCAGUCGGCUGGAACAGAUUACCGUUAGCCAACGUGCCAAUGAGGCUAACAUUCAUUCUAGCAGUGCUGUCAAUGCUCAUCUCCGGCGCUCAGGAAGGAAGUCUUCCUCGAAACAUCAGGGAGAAAAGAUGCAUGAAAACAUGGAGAACAUGGCUCCCUCAACACCUCAGAGGUCAUCUCCAGGGAAACGGGGUCACCGUGACAUCAGUGAUAAAGACAGCGCCCAAGAGGCCCUGCACAACCUGACAAAGAAGAUCAAAGCUAAUGCAGCGACUACGCCCAAACCAAGGACUGAACAGGACGAUGAGUUCAGGCCAGAGGGACUUCCUGAGCUGGUGCAGAAAGGCUUUGCUGAUAUUCCCCUCGGGGAGAUGAGUCCAUUCAUCGUGAGGAGAACCACAGUGAAACGCUGCAGUCCUCGGCUGGCUGCCAAGCAGACUGUUCUCACAUCUGCCCCUGAUGGCAAGCUUUUGGGGCCCACACCACUUCAGAGUCCCUCUGCAGACAGCUCCAACACGAAGAGUCUCUCCCCAAGCAGCGAGGAGAAACCUGUGUGUCAAUCACUCAGCUUACUGAAAACACCAGAGCAAAAACACCAAACACAUCAAGGAGACAACUGUCACGUUCAGUAGAUUGAUGUACACACACACACACACAGUCUUGCACUUGUGAUUUAUUUGUAGAAAUAUAUAGAUACAAAUGCCUAGAUACACAUAAGAUUAACACACACAUUAUAGCUAAAAGUGCUAAACACUCACAAUGCACCUUUUCUUCCCCCUUCUGUUUGGGACUGGGGCAGGGGCUGUAGCAAAAGCACAGACUAUACUUCACUUGUUCUUUCCAACCUGUUCGUAGCUGAUACUCAUGAGAAAUAAAAGCAAUCACUAACCCAAGUAAGGUGAUGAGGCAGUGGGAAAAUAUCCAAGCACUGAUUUUUUUCAUAGCACUGUUUGUCAUUAUGCUCUGUUUUGACUGAAGUUGUCUGUGUCUUUGAAAUGUCAAAAAAAAAAAAAUGUAUCUAAGCGUUUUAGGAUGAAUGAAACACCAUUGUUUUGUAAUGCCUCUGAAUGUAUCUUCAUCUCUUCACUUGGUAACAGUCUGUUUAUCUUUACCACUGACUCACUGGUUGUAUUUUCUUUUCUUUUGUACUGUUCUUGUCUCCUUGGUGUGUUUUGAACUUUGUACAUGGUAGAUGAUAUGUACAGCUAUGCUUCAUCUAUAUGUCCUGUAACAUAUCAGCUAAAUGCUAAUGGCAGCUAACUUUGUGUAGAUUUUCUGCUCUGUUUAAUUCUUUUUAAAUUUUUUAAUUGUUGAAGUCAAGACAACAAAUCUGAUGAACAUAGUUUUUGUUAAGACUUCUUUCUUUUUGCAGCAAAUGCUGACAGCAUAUCUGUAUUUCAUCACAGUAUCUGUUUUUAUUUAGGUGUAGAUUCAUGUUAUUGAUCAUUGUAAAUAGUUAAUGAAGCCAAAUAGUUCAACAUGACUUUUUUACUAAACCUUUCUUAACUGCUUCAUA